ACGACUCGUAAGGCGACAGUCGAGGUAGGCAUGCCCUAAGCUUCGUUUGUGGUGAUAUUUUCGCUGUUUGAAAUAGUUUUCUCGCAAGGUACCGAAUCAAAUUUAAAUAUCUUCUCACGAUCGAUGAAGUGAUCAUUAUCGACAGGAUCAACACGAUCAUCUUGAGAUUGCCUGGCAAUCCGACAGCUUCUCGACACAGAAAAGAAGCAAUCUUUCUGCAAAAUUCAGUAGCGUCCUUUCCGAAUCUGCCGAAAAGGAAGUAAAGCAUGAGUCAAGAGGAUCAAGAGAAAAGCAUGGAUAAGAAAGAAAUUGCAGAGGAAGAGAGAGAGAAAAUGUUGAACGCCGAGAACACGAAACAUACGGUGGCAUCGACCGCUCCAGACGCGGAAUCCGAAGACCAGAAACCUAAGAAGAAAAUUCCAAUUGGCGGUAUUAAGAUGCCCGGCUUCUGUCGUACAAAGAGCAAGGAGUUGUGUAAAGAGGAUGAUUGUAAGCCUACUGAAAUUGGAGAAGGCGAUUCAACGGAAAAAGCUGUUAAAGAAAGUGAUCAAAAUGUAUCAUCAGAGAAAGCAAGCACAACGAAUAAAGACGCAAAGGAAAAGGAAAGCCGCAAGAGAAUUCUCGACACCAUAAAGUUACCCUUAGUCUCUGUUUUUCCUAGAAAAAAAAAUAAGGAAGGUGAAGUGGAAUUGGGAAUUACUGGAGCUGCUGGAUUAGCGAGUGUUGAAACUCUUGACGAUGUUGUGACGGAGAAAAAUCCUAUCGGUAACGAAGAUGGUAUGGAAACUGUUCGACUCGAUGGAGAUGCUCCAGAUGGAAUUGAAUCUCCUAAACAACAUUUUCUUGUAGCUUGUAUAUCCGCUGCAAGGAGAAAUUUAUUUGUGCUAGUGGCAGCAUUAUGUAUCCUGGUAUCAGUUGUGAUUAUCAUUCUUAUCGCUUGCAUCGGUCCGAGAAAGAAUAUUUCACGAUUGAUAAAGGAUGGGAGCUUUGUCAAAGCAGUAACUUCUUGCGGACCUGUGCAAGGUGUGUCAGAAGAUGGUGCAUUCGCAUUUCGUGGGAUUCCAUAUGCAAUCCCACCAUUAGAAAAUCGUCGUUGGCAACCUGCGGAACCCCUAAGAAAAAUUGAAUACUGCUGGACGAAUACGUAUAAAGCACACAAUUCCUCGAAAGUUUGUUGGCAACGAGAGGCUUCAGGAAGGAUUAUCGGAAGCGAAGAUUGCUUAUAUUUAGAUAUUUUCACGCCUGAAAUCAGAUAUGAUUCGCCUUUAUCGGUGGUCGUUAUGAUUGGUGCUGAAACCCUCAGUGGUGGUUCUCCAGGUGUAAUGCAGCCUUCUGCAAAACUUGCUCGUGUCCGUGAUAUGGUGUUUGUUAGACCUAACUUCCGGUUAGGAAUCUUCGGUUUUUUAGCUGCAGAUCAACUUUCAAGAACAUCACAUCCUCUCACAUCCGGAAAUUACGGAUUGUCGGAUAUCAUAGCAGCGCUUCAGUGGGUUCAUCUUAACAUUGAACAUUUCGGGGGAAAUAAAUCGGCCGUAACUUUAUGGGGUCAUCGGGCAGGAGGAACGCUUGUCACAACUUUAGUUGGCAUUCGGCGAACAAGGGAUCUUUUCCAGCGAGUGUGGAUUUCCAGCGGUAGUGCGAUAUUUCCCGGAAGAGAAUUAGAAGUUUCCGAAACACUUAAUGAACUAUUUCUAAAUUCUACAAGAUGUAAUGACGCCGCUUGUUUGCGAAGCAAAAGUGCCGAGGAAAUAAUGGAUUCAGUUCCUGAGACAUGGCAUUUAGGAAACGUUGGUUUGCCUGAAACCAGAGAAGCAACAACAAGAGAUAGGAGACAUGAAUGGUUGGUACUCGAUCGUGCCAUUCUUCAGGAACCUGUAGGUCAAAUUUGGGCAAGGGAUGAAUUUUCGGUGAAAAUUGUAAUGGGCACUACUGCUCAUGCUGGAGUCCCUCUUAAGUAUCUCACUUCCAACACUACUCUCAAUUCCACACAAGUAGAGAAAAUUGUAAAGGAGUCCUUAUUAGGAACAUCUGGUUUAGCGGACGAAGCUCUCAGACGUUAUAACGCAACAUUGGAAGGUUUACUAAGCAUGAUCUCGGACGUUCGUGUGGUAUGUCCAUUGCUGACAGUUGCCAGAAUGAAGACCAAUAUUCCAUUCUACGUAGCGACGCAGCCACGGGGUCAUAUUGCAGAUCCCGAUUGUGAUGCUGCAGCGAUACUUGGAUCAUAUGCUGCUCGUACUCCUGCUGAAAAGAGACACGUAUCUGCUAUGCAGCAGCUUUUCAAUCACUAUGUUUGGCACGGCGAAGUAGCUCAGGCAGAUGCUAAUGGUAUAAAACGAGUCUUAAUUGUUGGACAAGAUACGCUUCCUGAUCGUGACUAUCCUAAUUGCGACUUCUGGAUAGCAAAAGACAUAGUUCCAUCUUAUGGUCGAGUCGAUUGAAUUCUUUUUUUUUCCUUUCUUUCUUCUGGAAUUAUAUUUUUGAUGGUCAUUCCAAGAUUUCGACUAUACUUGAGAUGUGCUGUACUCGAAUGAUCUUGCUUUACGAGCUUUUUGAAAAGACAUAUCUCUUCUUGAUUAUGAAAAGUGAAACAAAAUUUUAAAUUGCUAUUUUCUAUUUAUCUCUUUUUUAUAAUAAUUUUUAUAUAAUGAGAAACGUUAUUAUGUUUUACGAAAAAUUGAACGAAAAUCGUUAAGAUAUUUUAUUACAAUUUAUUGAUAUAAUGAUUGAAAUACUCAAUCAUAUCAUAAUAAUUUUAUAAGAUAAUAAUAGAAGCGCGAACAAAAUGCACGUUACUUAUUUUUCUUAUUAAAUUGUAGAUGCAAAAUAAUUGAUAGUAAUUCAAAGGUCUAGAUUCAAAUCAGAAAAGUAUAAAGAAAAUUAUUCUUUUACUUCCUUUUCGUUUUUUUUCUUUCUUUUUCUUUUUUUUUAAGAAUAGCUAGUUCUACGAUCGAAACAGCGUAUUCUGUUUUCCAAUUCUAUGAUUUACAUUAUCUUUAAAGAAACUAGUAUUAGUUAUUGUAUAAGUCAGAUGAGUACAGCAUGACGUUUUAAUUCUGAAAUCAUAAAUCUGUAUUUAACCUCAUAUGUGAGAUUUGAGAGUAAAAGAUAAUUAUUUAUUACUUUGAUUUUACAAUCAUUGAUUAAACAAUAUAGGGAAUAUGCCUUUUUUGAGAAUAUUUUUUUCACAAAGUGCAAACUCUAUCAUGGGUUGUCCAAUCAUUUUUAGGUAUUAAGAAGCACUUCGCAUUAAUUUACCUGAAUGUAUUGUUUUUUUAGCACAUUCGAGAGAAUAUGUACUGUCAUUUUUUAAUAAGCUGCCAGAUAUUUAUACGUAUAAAAAUUCAUGCAUUUCCACGGAGGGUACUCGGUAUUUUCUUCUUUGUACAUAUAUUACUGUUGCUGUUUUCCCUUUUUGUUUCAGUAUACUUAAAGUAUUCCUAUCCCCGUAUGAGUAUAGAGAGAUAUAUACAUGUAUAUAUAUCUUGAAUCUGAUUUUUGAACUGUAAGACUGAUUUUACAAAUCGGCAUUUCAUUUCCGUAUGAAUGUCUUUUUAUGCUAGUUUUAACUGUGAAAAUAAUUUUAUAAUGUAAAAGACUUGUUUCUGUAAGCAAAGUUUUUAUCAUAUUGCAAAUGAAUGAGAUGUGCAAGAGAUUUUUUUUAAAUACGUUAGCACUGAUGUAUAUGUACUUAUAGAUUUCAUGUUUUUUAUAAUAUUAAAUUGCACUGUGGCACAUACUUAUUCCUUUAACUUGGAAACUUGUAUAGAUUUAUGAAUAUUAUGUAUAUCCUGAUAACAGUUCCAAUUAAAAUAUUGUAUUCAUUUUGUACUAAUUUAGAUAAAAGUGCGGUUAUAAAAAUAUAUGGUAAAAGUGUAAAAAUUUUGGAUAUUCCUAAAUCUAUUAUAACUUUAAUAUUUGAUAUGAUUUUUGGAUUGUUGUGCGUCCGAAUGUUUGAGUGAUAUUUUGAGAAAAAUAAAAUGUAAUUCGUUUUUCAACCUUUAUAGUUAAAAAUAGAUCAUCUAUUACGAUGGAAUAUACGUAUUAAGCAUUAUUUAUUAAUAUAGUUAUUAUAGCAAAAUAACUUUCAAUAAUUUAAUCGUCAUCUUUCUCUUAUUAAUUGUAAAUUUAGUUCAAUGAGAAAAUAAGAAGUGCGAUUUUAAAUACAAUUAUUAAUCUACGUAAUAGUGAAUAUUUGACCAAACUAGAAACUUAAUGACCUUAGAAAAAGUGGCCUUUUUUAGGGAAGAUAAUUUUAUAAAAUUUGAUAGCGUAUAUGUAAAAAAAUAUGAAAUGUAAUGGAAGGAAAAUUCAAUUUCUGGACAUCUUUGUAUUCGCAAUUUUUAAUCAAUCUCCAAAUCAUUGGAAUCCAAUUUACUAGAAAGAUCUAUUUAUAUAAAGAUCUACAAUGACUUAAAUAAAUAAUUAUCAAUUUUGAAGUUAUAUAGAUAGUUUUUCGUCGUAUAAAGACAUUAGGAAAAAUUGUUUAUACGAUUAUAGUCACAUUCCUCGAAAAAUACUAAAAAAAGUCAUGGAAAUAAAUGCGUGUUAACAUCAA